CUUACAGUAAAAAUUUCUCUCAGCAUCAAUUCCCCUUUUAUCAGCAAUUGGAAGUCCAUUCAAGCCCAGACUUACAGCCCAAUUUUUAUUCCUCAUCCAUUUGGCGAAAUGCCAAUAAAAGUGGACCUGCAGAUCCGGGUCUCCAAAAACGGAAGUAACUAUAUCUUCUCGGGAUUUGGUGCUGGUCAGAGAGGAGAGGAGGAAGGGGAUACCCAGUAUGGUGCUGUGUUAUACUCCUAUAACGAGUCUCAUGUCCGCCUUCAUGUUCCUGUCAGCACCAUCACAAAUAAAGGUGGCCUUAUUAAUACUGCAGGUUUUAUUGGACCAUUUGAUGCGUAUUAUUUCGCCGCUGACGUCAGGAUUAGGGCUUGGCGUAUUUGUGAUUUCCCUCCUGCAAAUUUCAGCACAAAUUUAUAUGGAGUCGGGGGUCCACGCUACUCCCCAGCAGGAACCGUUACCCAUAAUUUGGGCGUCAUCCCUGACUUAGUAAUUGUUCAACUCAAAAUGGCGGAUGGCUUUGUGUAUGAGGCGGACGGUGCCGUAUUUAAAGACGGCCGAUUAUCUUCUGAUAGAGCUUGUGGAACGGUGGUAGCAUAUAAUGACCGUUAUAUACGCGUAUGGGGAAUGGCAAAAAGGCAAGGGAUUGUUGGGUAUGUUGGAUGUGCUUAUAAAGGAUGGGGGACAGGUUAUGCGGCCAGUGUGGCCCUGCUUAUUAUAAGCGCCUGGAUACUACCACCAGAGGACACAGUGUUCACCCAUACAAUGACCAUUGCCAAAAAUUUGGCUCAUCCCAAUAUCAUUCCAGUAUCUCCCGACUUAUCAACGGACAAUCAUCUAGUUGUUGUCAGGGUGAAAGCCACCGAUGGAACCAAUGAAGGGUUUGUAUUCCACGGCGCAGGAACAUCAUUAACUGACGGUUCUUUGACAGAUUACGGCGGAGUGAUAUAUGCCUAUCACGAAUCCGAGGUACUUCUAUGGCGGCCAAGUAAUGCCAAUACCAACGGCUUUAUUUUGUACAUGGGAGGAGACCUGGGAGGCGGGGUUUACCCACAAAAGUCAACACAGGGUGUGGUCACUGUCAGCAUUAUACGAACAGUGACACCGUCCGAGGGAAAUUGUGGAGCUGGAACAUGCAUCGGUAACUGGAGCCAGAUAAUCGUUGUUUGUGAUUGUGUUGGCACUGGACUUAGUGGUCAAUACUGUACAACAGACACCUUCCCUCCUCCAAGUUCAUUACAGGCAGGGCUAAAAGACAAAGAUGAAUCCAGGAACCUACAUCUUGGAUCGAAGAGAAAUCUGACGAUAUACUUGGAAUUUCCCGCCGGAACAACACCGAAUUUAGUCGUGAUUAUAAAAGCUUCGACCUAUAAACAAGUCAUGGCACUGGCGAGCGCCAGUGUAACGGAAAAAGGCAACAAUAUACAAUCUUUCUCACAGAGGUUUUACUACAGCUUUUCGUCUCCAUCAAGGAUUUCCGGAUUUUACUUUAUUUUAUCUGGCAACUUGUCCUUGGGAGAUAUUAUAAAUUCUGGAUCUUCAAACAUAUACAAAGACAACAUGAUUAGUAUAAAUUCCGAAAUUUUCUUACAAUCCAUUGAUUAUGUUUCUAAUGGAGAGCAACACACAGUGUGUGUCCAGAUUCUAAUGGAUGGAGUCAGCAUCUGGAAAAAAGACAUUGCUUACAUCAUCAACACAGAUCUCCUGACCCCAAUAAAGACACCAGAAAUAUUUCCUCGCUAUCCAUCAACUUCCUACCUAGAGCGUGGUACUAUAACUCGAGUCAUUGUUGAUCUGUGGAUGCCAUUGGCUAACCCUGACAUUGUGGUGACCUCCAGGAGUAUGCUGGGUGGGGAGGAAUCCAAACUUCGCGUUUUUCGCGUGGCUGUCAUAGAAGUUGGAGAAAAUUAUCAACUUCCUGUUAUCCUAGAACGAUAUAAUGUUGUUGGUGCAGUAUGUGGUGACGUCAUUGGCAACAAUACUCUUGACCUAAUAUUUCCUACACAUUUUGCUAACAAAGAUGCCUUCGAAUCCAACCCAGUUUCAAGCAAAGACUUGAUCAAGUUAGAGACUGCCGUGUACAUGGACAGAGAUUCUCAGCUGGACACCAGUUAUCCACUGGAAUUCAUUAUCCAUGUCGAUGGUUUUCUUUUAUGGAAUUCGACGUUAAAUUUUAUUUCUUCGAAAUUUGUCAACCUUCCGGUAAAUCCUAAUAAUUCUUAGCAAUAUAUUAUUGUUGAGAUAAUUUCAAUUGGGCAAAAGUUUUCUACAGACGUUAAUUUGACGACACCACAAUUUGGUGUGUAUCAGGUUAACGUGACUCUGACGUCACUAAAGUCUGGAGGUGGAGGAGAGACAGGGCUUAUUAUCACCUCUGUAACCAUUGGUAACACUGGAAGUAAUAUCCAUUGUGCUGCUGUAAGUGUCUCCUUUAGGAGAUCAAACAAUUCAAGGAUUCAGAAUGUGGCAGAAGUGAUCCUGAAUAUUACAAACUUUGGAUUUCCUGUUCCGUCACUUACAGAGAACAAGGAUUGGCUGGUGCUAAAGCUCACUGCUGUCCCCGUCCCCGUGUACACAGAGAUAGGGGAUCUCCACACAAUUAGAAUCAACAGUAGUUCUGUCAGCUCCCAAUACAACUACACUAUUCAAGGAAAGAUUCCUUAUGAUCAAAAUAUAAUGUUCUCAGUGGAUAUUUACCAUGAUAAGCCAGUUGCAUGUAUUUCUGAAAACCAGACUUUUGAAUUUUUCGUCAACAUUACCACAGUGAGGAAUAAAACUCCCGGACCUAUGUUUAUUACUUUUCCCGUUGGUGAAACUGUGUUCUCUGUACAAGAAUACAAGAUUGUUCAUGUCGGGGAUAAUCUUUUGCCAUGUUUCCAGACGAUGCAACUUGAUGGAUCACUUGAUCGAUUCAUCAUUUACGAUGACGGUACCUUUGGAAACAUUAGCUUAGAAUUUCCUCUGUUAUGUAAUCAAGAGGCCACCAGUGAUACUAAUGGGGAUAUUCUUACUAUAAGGGUGGAGACCAGUCUCCACAAGGAUGCACAACUAGGCGCGUCGUCAGUCGGAAAUUUUACCGUCCUGAUCAGAUCACCUGGUUUCUUACAAAACGUGAUGUCAUCAAUUCUUCUUACAGUUCAAAAAACGACAGUUUCACUUAGGCCUUUGAUUGUCUAUGGAAUUGAAGUCCUAAAAACCGCGUUGGAUGAAACUCCUUUUGCCUCGACGUGUCACGUUAAAUAUAGCUCAGAUGGCAUUAUUUACCAAACAAAUAAUUUAAUUUAUAUAAGUGAAAACACUUCCCACGUGGUUUAUGGCCUUGGUAGUAGAUCUCUUGCUGUGAAAAUGCAACUUGAAGAAGCUGAACGAGGAAAUUCAACGUGUUGUGUACUACACCAAUUCCUCUAUUUCAAUAUUAAAGAAAGUUUGCAGGUUUUUGGAGAUGUCAGUGAACAAUUACUCUCUGAACUACCUUCAGUGUUUGACAACAACAACGAGUCAUGUAUGCAACUUCCUGUCCAGGGGCAUACUCCGCCCAUUCUAUGGAUGCAGAUAAAUAUAUCAAUGUUAUGGGGUUUGACUCCUUCCAGUUUCAUACUGAGCGUUUUAGGACACGGAAUAAAAUGUGAUAAACAUAAUAAAAAAUCCGUAUUACAGGUGUACUAUCAGACAUCUCUUACGUCAUUAGAUUUUCACGGUGAAGUGACGUAUUGUUUACCACGUAAUGGAGAAUCACCUGGUCAUUGUAUCUACCUUUGUCCCUGUGAGGGCCCCCUAUGUUCCGUGGCUUAUGUGUUCAUGGCCAGUAAUGAUAGAUCGUAUAGCUGGACACUUUGUGAAAUAUCAGCUGAAAACGAAUAAAAUUAAACACUUUUAUACGGAGAUGGGCGAA